GGUGCUUCCUUUCUUUCUAUGAUACAUGUUUGCCCUAUUUUUUGUCAUCACGCAAGUUUCGAUCGAUUCUCAGAAGACAGUCUGCGAAUACAAAAUCCGCGAGACCGGCAUUCCUCUUGUCAUUAAAGCCACAGCAACAGCAGCAGCAGUAGAAGAAGCGUGCAUGAAGAAACAGACAUUCACGUAUCAGACCACCACCACCACCCCACGACUUCACAUGUCAAUACAUUGACACACCACGACGAAACGCAACCACCAAACUGUUCUCCAUCUCACACUCAACUUGCGCCCGUCUCCCAUUUCUCAAGGCACUUUUUUUUCAUUUUUCUCAAAGGCACUCUUUUUCAAGGGCACUCUUUUCCAACCAAUACAACACAUUGCAGCUCUUCUCCGUCUUCAGCAGACCACACAAUUCACAAUGAAGGCCAUCCGCACCCUGACCUCGCCCAAAUCCUCCCCACGCCUCCCUGCGACAGCGACGAUCCCCGCAUCCCGCCGCUCGUUCCACAACACGCCGCAGGAAUCCUCCUCCUCGCAGCUCUCCACGCACCAACACCCCUACCACCAGCGCCCCAAGCACGACACGGGCAAGAUGUCCUACAGCUCCAGCUCCAGCUCCAGCUCCAGCUCCAGCUCGUCGUCAAGAACGGCCGACGGCAUCGUCUUCGACGAGGACGUCAUUGAAGAGCUGAGACCCAUCUUCGCCGAGCGCGCGAGAGCAGGCGAGGGCAGGACGGGCAAGGGGCAGCAGAUGCGAGGCAUGGGCACUGGGCAGGGUGCCGAGUGGGUUUGGUGAUUGCCGCUUCAGCCUGUCUGUCCCCUUCCUGCCCCUUUGUCUCGGGGGUCGUGUGCAGAACUCCUUUAUUUCUUGUUUUCUCUUUUUGUUCUCAUUGCUAUGGGUUUCCAAUGUAAGCGACGGGCUGGACUUCGUCAGGCGUUCAAAACAAGGGCGUGGCGGGGGUGGGCGUUUUAUUCAUGUCGCUUGCCGACGAGGCUGGCGGCUUUUUACGAUCAUGGAACGGACGCAAAAUGUCGCCGAUGCAAUUGGCUAUGGGGAGAGCAUAGCACGCUGCCUAGGACAGGCGGCCGUGUGCGUACAUGUAUACCAGGUUCUGAAGGACCAGUGCAUCAAUACAAAAGUUGAACUG